AUGUUCCUGGCGACCAUCUUCUUCUUCUCUGCCCUGCUCCCGUUCUCUCUUUCCCAUCCACGGGACCCCUUCGCUUGGCUGUAUGGCCGCCAAGGAGAUGCUUACACCUCCCUGCAGGGAGGCUCAGGAGGCCAGUGUCCUGAAGAGUGUGACUGCCCCCCCACCUUCCCAGUUGCCAUGUACUGUGAUGGGCGGGGCCUGACAGCCAUGCCAAACGUUCCUGCCCGUAUCAAGUACUUGUACCUCCAGAACAAUGCCAUCACUUCUGUGCCUGAGUCGGCUCUGGUCAAUGCAACCAGUCUGGUGUGGUUAAUGAUGCACUACAACCAGCUGACAUCUGAAGCCAUUGACAAGAAGGUGUUUCUGAAGUUGGAGGGACUGGAGCGUUUAUAUCUACAGCACAACAAUCUGACCAGCAUUCCUUCCAACCUCCCCCGCUCCCUGCGAGAUCUGAGAAUCAAUCAUAACAAGAUUGAAAAGGUAUCACCUGCAGACCUAGAGGGAAUGGAUAACCUCACUAUCCUGUAUCUCCAUGAUAAUGCGCUCACAGACAUGAGCACAUCACUGAAGGCACUGACCUCUCUCACACUGCUGGACAUCAGUGGCAACAAGCUGACAAAGGUCCCGGAUGCCCUCCCUGACCAUCUGCACCAACUCUAUCUGGAGUCCAACUCCAUCGACUCAGUGCCAGCGGACUUCCUGGGUGGUCUGUCACAGCUGCAGUAUGUGAGGAUGGGCCACAACCAGUUGACAGACAAGGGGAUCCCCGCCAACACCUUUAACGUGACAGGGCUGGUGGAGCUGGACCUGAGCUUCAACAAGCUGGAGAGAAUCCCCAUAGUCAGCACCACUCUGCAGCACCUCUACCUGCAGGCAAACCAAAUCAAAGAGUUCACUCUGGGGAGUUUCUGCAGCUUCAUGGAUGUGACCAACUUCUCCAAACUGCAGACGGUGCGACUGGAUGGAAACGAGAUCGGUCGUCAGGACAUCCCCUCAGAGUCAUCCAUGUGCCUGCGGAUGGCUUCCAACAUCGAGGUCUAA